AUGGGUUUAAUUGGUACUGUUUAUUUUUUCAAAAAAAAUAAAUUUUUUCUAGGUAAACUUACCUGAAUACUUUCAGUUAGUGAAUUCGUGAAAUUAAGGACUUUGUCUUCGGAAUAGAUAUAAUACCAAGUUUAAAGCUUAUUGUCCUAUUACUAAUUUGUCUAAGCCAAGUCAAUUCCCAAAUAGUCUCAAAAAGGAUUUUUAGACAUAACAAUAUAUAUCUUUUAUUUUAAAUAUCUUGAUGAUGCUAAAGAUCAAAAUUAUAAAGAAAGCUUAAAUUAUCAGUGAAAGCACUAGCUAUUUAUAUAUAGAGGGUAUAAACUUUUUGCAGCUUAAACAAAGCGAGACAGAAGGCGGAGUCCAAGCAUCUGACUCGACAUCAGCAUCAGAAGGAGAUAUAACAUCAUCAGAUCAAAAUGCCAAUGGUGAUUCAACUGCAGAUGAUCCAGGAACUAGUGACGAUGGUGUUGUAGAUAGCCAAACUACUGAUGAAAAUAUUGGUGAUUCUGAGGAAGAUGGCAUUGAAAGUAGUGGGAGUCAGGAUGAAGAAAUUUCAGAUGAAGAUUUAGGAGAUGCUGAGGAAGAUAACAGCGAAGAAGUAGAUGAAGAAAAUGCUGAAGACGCUACUGAAGAUGCUGAAGAGGUCAGUGAAGAGGCUGAAGAAGCUAGUGAAGAAGCAGCAGAAGAAGCUGAGGAGGCUAGCGAAGAAGCUGAGGAGGCUAGUGAAGAAGUUAGUGAAGAAGCCGAGGAGGCUAGUGAAGAAGCUGAGGAGGCUAGUGAAGAAGCUGAGGAGGCUACUGAAGAGGUUAGUGAAGAAGCUGAGGAGGCUAGUGAAGAAGCUAGUGAAGAAGUAGCAGAAGAAGCUGAAGAGGCUAGUGAAGAAGCUAGUGAAGAUGCCGAAGAAGCUAGUGAAGAAGCAGAAGAAGAUGCCGAAGAAAGUACAUCUGAGGACACUGAAGAAACUACAGAUGAGUCAGCUGAAGAUUCAGAAGAAAUUGAAGAAGAAAGUAGUGAUGAAAGUAGUAACGAUGAGGAAAGUAGCGAAGAAGAUAGCAAUGAUGAGGAGAGCACUGAAACUAGUAGUGAAGAAGGAAGCAGUGAAGAUGCAGAGGAAGAAAGUAGUGAAAGCGACUCAACGAGUGAAGAAGAAUCGACUGAAAGCACUGAAGAAGAGUCAAAUGAAAGUGACUCAAGUGAUGAAGCAUCAGAAGAAACUUCAGAAGAUACCUCAGAAGAAACUUCGGAAGAUACCACAGAAGAAACAUCAGAAGAAACCUCAGAAGAAACAUCAGACGAAAGCUCAGAGGAAAGCUCAGAUGAAACUUCAGAAGAAACCUCAGAAGAAACCUCAGAAGAAACUUCAGAAGAUACAGCAGAAGAUACCUCAGAAGAAACCUCAGAAGAAACCUCAGAAGAAACCUCAGAAGACACCUCAGAAGAAACUUCAGAAAAUACAUCAGAAGAAACUUCAGAAGAAACUUCAGAAGAAAGCUCAGAAGAAACUUCAGAAGAAAGCUCAGAAGAAACUUCAGAAGAUACCUCAGAAGAAACUUCAGAAGAAACUUCAGAAGAAACCGCAGAAGAAACCUCAGAAGAAACCUCAGAAGAAACAUCAGAAGAAACCUCAGAAGAAACCUCAGAAGAAACUUCAGAAGAUAUCUCAGAAGAUACCUCAGAGGAAACAUCAGACGAAACUUCACUCCCCUCUCUGUGAGCGAACUAAACCAUUGGAAAAAUCCUUAUUUUUUGCUCAAAAACCCACCCUCGUUAACGAGCAAUACAUUUUUAAUAUAAAAAUUUAUUUGAAAAAAAUUUGAUAGAUAAGUAUAAUUAUGAUAAUAAAGUCUCUAGGUAAUUCUGUUUAAUUCUAAACAGCUUGCAUUUUAAAAUAAGAAUUUUUGCAAAUUAAUUUUUACUUCUCAAUUUUUAGAUAUUGGAUUUUUUUAAAUUUUGAAAAAAAAGAAGCAUAAUUUUUUAAAAUUUUGAUAGAAACUUUAUAAUAACAUUAGCGAGCGAAUUUUUUCUUGUUCUCUCCAAAGGGGGAGUCAGAAGAUACCUCAGAAGAAACCUCAGAAGAUACCUCAGAAGAAACCUCAGAAGAAAUAUCGGAAGAAACAUCAGAAGAUACUUCAGAAGAUGCCUCAGAAGAUACCUCAGAGGAAACAUCAGAAGAAACAUUGGAAGAAACAUCAGAAGAAACUUCAGAAGAUACCUCAGAAGAAACCUCAGAAGAAACUUCAGAAGAUACCUCAGAAGAUGCCUCAGAAGAUACCUCAGAAGAAACUUCAGAAGACACCUCAGAAGAAAACACAGAAGAAACUUCAGAAGAAACGUCAGAAGAUACAUCAGAAGAAACUUCAGAAGAAACCUCAGAUGGUACAUCAGAAGAAAACUCAGAGGAAAGCUCAGGGGAAAGCUCAGAGGAAACCUCAGAAGAAAGCACAGAAAAUACCUCAGAAGAGACCUCAGAAGAAACCUCAGAAGAUACCUCAGAAGAAACUUCAGAAGAAACUUCAGAAGAUACAUCAGAAGAAACAUCAGAAGAAAGCUCAGAGGAAAGCUCAGAAGAAAGCUCAGAAGAAACAUCAGAAGAUACCUCAGAAGAUACCUCAGAAAAUACCUCAGAAGAAACCUCAGAAGAUACAUCAGAAGAAGCUAAUAUAAAUUAAAAUGAUGUGGAAAAACCAACCCAUCCACUUUAACACCUAUAGCUAGGGAGACCCAAGAACCUUGUGGAAGAGAGGAUGGCGUUCGGUGAUGUAUAUGCGCCUAGGUUUUACUUGGUUUGGGUGAAUCACAAUGUCAGAUUUCGGUGACCGCAGUUCAUAUCCGGAUAGGUUUUAACUCUUGGUGUUACCCAAGCCUAACGUAUAUCACGGUGAUCCAGCCCACUUAACUCGCCGUUCGACGAGAAUCUCAGGCGACGAGGAGUUUACCCCUAGUGUGUGGCGGCAGGUGGCCCCACAACGGAUCAAGGUGGAAAAUGCACCCUGCGAGUGCUUCCGAGAGCUUUUCAAUAUAAGUUACUUACUAGCUAGCCUCAGAAGAAACUUCAGAAGAUGCAACAGAAGAAACCUCAGAAGAAACGUCAGAAGAAACGUCAGAAGAUACUUCAGAAGAAACCUCAUCCCCUUUUAAAAACAAGUAAAAGAUUUUUAUGUUGAUUUUUUGUUUUUUAAAAAUUCAUCUACAAAAAUUGAAACCUAAUGAAUUUAAUUUAUAAAUUAUGUUUAAGAAUAGAGUUUAGCUCUAGACUAUAAAAUAAUUAUUAAUUAUAUGCAAAAAUACUUAUAUAAAACAAUUUUUUCUGGCUCUUAAAAGGGCUAAUUUUCUUAAAAAAUAGUCAUUUUUCUGAUGGUUUACUCGCAUUUAAGGGAGAGUCAGAAGAAAGCUCAGAAGAGAGCACAGAAGAAAGCUCUGAAGAAAGUUCUGAUGAAAGCACAGAAGAAUCUUCAGAAGAAAGCUCAGAAGAAAGCUCAGAAGAAACUACUGAAGAAAGUGCCGAUGAGAGCGCAGAUGAAAGCACAGAAGAAAGCUCAGAAGAGAGCACAGAAGAAACCUCUGAAGAAACUUCAGAAGAAAGCUCGGAUGAAAGCACAGAAGAAACCUCUGAAGAAACUUCAGAAGAAACCUCACUCCCCAGUACUAACUCCCCCCCCCUCCGUGAGCGAACAAAAAAAUUUUGUUCGCUCACGGAGGGGGGUUAAUUUUUUUUUUUAAAAAAAAUUUAUAUAUAAAUUUUAUAAAAAAUAUUUUUUUCGAAAUUUAAAAAAAUCCUAAUUUGCAAAAAUUGGGAAGCAAAUAUUAAUUUAAUUUGCAAAAUUUAUGUUUUAAAACGCAAUUUGUUUAAAAUUAAACAGAAUUAGCUCUAGAUUUCAUUAUACUAAUUAUCACUUAUAUAUCCAAAUUUUUUUCCAUUUAAAAUUUUUUCUAUUAAAAAAAUUUUUGUUCACUCACGGAGGGUGGGUUUUUGGUCAAAAAAUGGCGAUUUUUCUAAUGGUUUUGUUCGCUCACGGAUGGGGGGGGGGAGUAAGCAAUUCUUGCUUAUUCUUGGGGAUUUUAGAAAAAUUUUAUUAGUAAAUUUUAUAUCAGAUAAUAUCAGUAAUCUAUUCAUAUAAAAUUAUUUUUCAAAAUUUAAUGCUACAAAUCCAAGAAUAACCAAGAAUUGCUUAUUAUAGAGGGGAGUCAGAAGAAACUGCCGAUGAAAGUUCUGAAGAAAGUUCAGAUGAAAGCUCAGAAGAAACAUCUGAAGAAACCUCUGAAGAAAGCACAGAGGAAACCUCAGAAGAAGCCUCGGAAGAAAGUGCUACCGAAAGCUCUGAUGAAAAUUCGGAAGAAAGUUCAGAAGAAAGCUCAGAAGAAAGCACAGAAGAUGCCGAAGAAGAAAGCUCUGAAAGUGAAGAAGAGAGUUCUGAUAGUACGGAAGAAAGUACAACAGAGAGCUCUGAAGAAAGCACCGAAGAAAGCUCAGAAGAAAGCACAGAAGAUGCCGAAGAAGAAAGCUCUAAAGAUAGCACUGAAGAGACUACUGAAGAAAGUACUGAAGAAAGUUCUGAAGAAAGCACUGAAGAAAGUUCUGAUGAGAGCUCUGAAGAAAGCACCGAAGAAAGCUCUGAAGAGAGCUCUGAAGAAAGCUCUGAUGCAAACGCUGAAGAAAGCUCUGAAGAGAGCUCUGAUGAAACCUCCGAAGAAAGCACUGAAGAAAGCUCUGAAGAGAGCACUGAAGAAAGCACUGAAGAAAGCACUGAAGAAAGCACUGAAGAGAGCACUCAAGAAAGCUCUGAAGAGAGCACUGAAGAAAGCUCUAGAGAUAGCACUGAAGAAAGCUCUGAUGAAAGCUCUGAAGAAAGCACUGAAGAAAGCACUGAUGAGAGCGCAGAAGAAAGUACUGAAGAAAGCUCUGAAGAGAGCACCGAUGAGAGCGCAGAAGAAAGUACUGAAGAAAGCUCUGAAGAAAGCUCUGAAGAAAGCACCGAUGAGAGCACAGAAGAAAGCUCUGAAGAAAGCACCGAUGAGAGCACAGAAGAAAGUACUGAAGAAAGCACUGAAGAAAGCACUGAAGAAAGCUCUGGAGAUAGCACUGAAGAAAGCUCUAAUGAAAGCUCUGAAGAAAGCUCUGAAGAAAGCACCGAAGAAACCUCUGAUGAAAGCUCUGAAGAAAGUGCCGAAGAAAGCUCUGACGAGAGCUCUGAAGAGAGCUCUGUAGAAAGCACUGAAGAGAUUACUGAAGAAAGCACCGAAGAAAGCUCUGAAGAUAGCACUGAAGGUAGCAGCACUGAAGAGACUACUGAAGAAAGUACUGAAGAAAGCACCGAAGAAAGUUCUGAAGAGAGCUCUGAAGAAAGCACCGAAGAAAGCUCUGAAGAGAGCUCCGAAGAUAGCAGCACUGAAGAGACUACUGAAGAAAAUACUGAAGAAAGCUCUGAAGAAAGCACUGAAGAGACGACUGAAGAAAGUACUGAAGAAAGCGCUCAAAGCGAAGAAGAAAGUAGUGAGGCAGAAAAUUCAUCAGCAGAAACUAGCGAGGCAGAGUCUGAGACUACAAGUGAUGAAGAGUCAUUACUUCCUCAUUUGAUAAUUAACAAAAUCUUUAGCUUUUAAAUUUUAUUUGGUUUUUAAUAAUAAUUCAUUUUUUUAAAAAUGUCACAAACAAAAAUUAUUUAAAUAAUUAAACAUUUAACGCAUUUUUCUUUAUAUUUAAUUAAUAUCCAAAAUCUUUAGAUUUUCUCUAUGCAUAUUUAUACAUAACAAAAAAAUAUUUAACUUCCCCUAUAACUUGGAGCAAAAAAAUCCUAUAAUAUUUUUUUAAAAUUAAAAAAUAUAAAUAGAAUGCAGUAUUCUUAAAUUUUAAUCUAUUUUUAUGAUGAAUUAAUUCAAAAAUUUAAUCUCUACAGUUUAAAAGUUGUUUAAAUGAUAUUCUAUUUGCAUUUAUGAAUUAAUUCUAAUUUUAAUAUUUUCACCUAUAAGACUUUCCUAUUGAAGUUAAAAAUAGUUUCAAUUUAAAAAGGGGUAAAGUACCCAAAAAUGCAGGGGAGUAAGUUAACCUUACACUUACACUUAAUUAGAUUAUAGUUUGUCUCCCUGUCAGCAUCUGAAGAUCCUUAUUUCUUUCCAUAACGCUUCGCUCGUCCGCUUCUCCGAUGAUCGUAUCACGACCUUCAAAGUCUUGCUUCUACCAGAUAUGAGACCUGAGCAUACUCCCUAGUAGUCGGAAAGUUUGAGUCACAUACUGUACACCAACAGGGUUGCCGCCAUUGAAAAUUCAAAAGGGUUUAAUUUUCUGGUCGAUUCUUGCUAAGACGGAAAUCGGUAGCCCAAGCGUAACCACUGACUUCACGCUGGGAAAUAGUCCCAAUUGGUCAAACGCCAUUGGCGCUGCUGGGAAACCCUAUCCGCAUUCCGAACCCAUCUCCCUUUGAGAUAACAACGGUAAAGAGAAUGCGGUCGGUCAACCCAUUGAGCUUAUUCAAAUCACGAAAAGCCUAGUCAGAUGCACAUAUCGAACGCCAGCCUCCUUUCUCAAGGUCCCGAAGCUUUUUCGGAUGUCGGCUACAGGAGUUAAAUGGUGUAUUGAUUGACCACACCAUUUUAAUGUAUAUGAGAGUAAGUUAGCCAAGACUAUAAAAAGUGUUCUUUAUUGAUUGUGAGUUUAGAGAGUGACACAACUGAAGCUGACUCAAGCGAAACUACAGAGUCAGCAGAAGAGUCCAGCGAAACAACCGAGACAACUGAAGCUUCAAGCGAGUCCUCAGAGUCAUCUACCUCUGAAUCCGACGAUGUAACCCUUGAAAUCCUCAACACAAACAUUAAUUUAAGCUUCGAGCUCAGUGCUGCAUCCUCAAUUUCCCAAGUAGAAAAUGCUAUUGACGUCAAACAAGACGAAUUAGACGAGGUCAAUGCAGAAAUUGAAGACCUCGAAGCAGAGCUUGAAAAUUAUGACUAUUCUUGCUCAGAAAACACAAACUGUGGCACAUGUACCAGCAACUCAGGCUGUGUAUGGUGCUCUUCAGAAAACUCAUGUGUUGAAGGAAACUCUGAUGGGCCUACAGACGCUUCGUGCUCUGACUAUCAAUAUGGCCAAUGCACAAUAGUUGAUUGUGAUGCCUAUACAUCUUGCAGUGAUUGCUUAUACUAUUUUAAACUAAAUUUGAUUUCUCUGUAGUAGUCUUGAUAUCAUUUUUAGCUUAAUAUUGGAAACUGCUAUUCAGAUUUAUGGCAAAAUUUAGUAUAUGAAGCAUAAGUACCAGUGAAUGUGGCUGGUGCGGGUCCUCAGACACUUGCUACACUGCGUCUGCAGAUGAGCCUGGAGACUGUUCUUCGAGCGAUUUUUACCAUAUUGACAGCUCAUCACAAAGCACGUGCCCUGUCAGUGAAGUUGAAGACAGUGACUAUGAAGUUGUAUACUCAACUGAGGACGAAAUAGAAGACGAAAUUGAAGAAUUAGAAGCCAGAGCUGAUGAUCUGGAAGAAGAUAUUGCAAAACUAGAAGAAGACAAGGCAGAAAUGGAGGCAAUCAUUGAUGAAUAUUAUAGCUCUUUCCUUGAAAUCGGACAGAAUGUGGAAGCUAAAGCAGCUCCUAAAGGGUUUACGAAGCCUGAAGGAGGAAUUCCGAAAGGAUUUACACCACCUGCAGGAUUUACACCACCUGAAGGAUUUACACCACCUGAAGGAUUUUCUAUACCUGAAGGUGGAGUUCCUGAUGGAUUUAUUCCGAUCCCAACAGGAACUUGGUUUGAUGUGUAUUCGACUCUGAUUAACAAAGUAGCGAGCUAUGGGCUUGUUUUUGGAUAA